CCUGUGACUGCAGUGUUCUGGGCUCUGAGUCCGGACAGUGUGAUGAUUCGGGUCGCUGCCGGUGCCGGCCAGGCUUCGAGGGUCUGAAGUGCCAGAGGUCCAACUGCCCCGCCUGUUUCACCCCCAUCAAGAGAAAGAUGCAGGCCUACGCUGCCAAGCUGACCGAGCUGGAGCGUCUGUUCUCAGAGAUGGACGCAGGUUUGAAACCCGCCAACAAGGCAGAGAUGGAGGCGGCUCUGAACGCUGUGGAGGAGCUGGUGGACGACCUGCAGUACGAGACCGAGGGGCUCACAGUGGAGGAGAAGAAGCUGCAGGCGCGUCUGGCGUCCAUCAGCAGGAGUCAGCUGAACGAGGAGCAGGAGAUCCAAAACGUGGCCGAGGCAGAGGACGACAUCGAACAACAAGAGCGGACGUACAGCGCCAAGGUGAAGGAGGUCCAGGCUCUGAUAGAGGACAUGAAGAGAAAACUGGACGAAGCCAAGGCCGACCUCAGAUCAGCCGACAUCCCUCAGGGAGACGCUCCUCAGGGAGACGCUCCUCAGGGAGACGCUCCUCUGGGGACGACCCUCCUCUCCUCUCUGGUGCCCACGGCCCUCAGUCUGGCUGAUAAACACCAGACGACGGCUGACUCUGUGGAGCGGACCGCCAGCGAAGCUCUGACACACUCGAAGAAGAGUCUGGCUCUGGUCCGGGAUCUCAUGACCAGAGAGAACAAAGUCCAGGAGCUGAUCGGAGACAUGAAGACCAUGCACGAGAAGACCUCGGGCCAGGUGAAGAGUUUGGAGAACCAGGGGGUCCGUCUGAGCGACCAGGCCAAAGACGAGAGCAAAACGUCCGACGGCAUGUUGAAGGACAUCGCCAACAUGGAGCGAAGCCUCCCAGCAGACCUGAAGGGGCAGGUGGACGCCAUGGUGUCCCGUUUGGACGAUGUGAAGGUGGAGGUGGACGCACAUAUCUCAGGUUUGGAUACGCUGCAGGACACCGUUCAGCGAGACAAGACCGCCACCGAGGACCUGCUGGCCCAGGGCAAGGCCGCCAAGAAGGAGUUCAACAAGCUGGUGGACAGAGUGGACGUCGCCAAGGUGCAGACGGAGGACGCUCUGAAUGGCAUCGACAGCAACACCAACGAGCUGGAGGACGCCCUGAAUGCUCUGAGAG